AUGUCACUUUAUUUGAUUGAUGUUAUUUCACAAAUUCGUGUUAAAGAUAUUAAAUUAUUAUCAGAACUUUACCAAAAGAUAUUAAACGAAUUCUCAUGCAUCAUCAAACCAGAAAAUGAGAAAUUAGCAAUGUUAUUAUAUUGCAAAUGCUCCGAAUUUGAAUAUCCAAUAGAAUCUCCAUUAUACUAUAUUUUAUGUGAUAAAGUUGAUGAACUUAAAUCUCAAUUCCCAAAUCUUGAUAUUAAUAAAAGAAUUAAAGAUAUCACACCACUUGACUGCGCAAUUAAAUACGGAUCAGAAUUGUGUUUCAAUUACUUGAAAAAUUUAGGAGCUAAAUACACAGAUAACUCCGAAAAAUAUGCUGUUCAAGGCGGAAAUAAUAGCAUUUUUAUGCAAAUGAUAGAAGAAGGUAAAUCAUUUGGUGACAUGAUUAAUACAGCAUUGGAUUAUAGAAACUAUGAAAUUGCUGAGUACCUUAAAUCAAAUUUAGGACAAUUUCCUAAUUCAAUAACCGAAUGUAUGCAUUUCGGAAAUUUUGAUGUUGCAUCUUAUUUAAUUACUAAUGGAGAAGAUAUUAACAAACUUUAUAAUCUUUUUAUUUUCAUUAUUAUCAUUGUUUUAUGGCAUUCUCUUCCUUUUCAUAUUUAUCGUUGUUUUAUGGCAUUCUAUUUCUUUUCAUAUUUAUAA